UGGAUUGUGACAUCAUGCUCUGGAAGGAAAACGUGAAGUCGAAACUUGAAACAUAGCCCCAGGCCCCUCCAACUCCAACCAGAGGAAUUUCACUUUCAGCCUUUGGCGGGAAUGUUCCCACCCAAAAGAAAUCAUGUUUUAAUAUAUUAAAUUAUUGAAUACCCUUUUAAUAUAAUAACCUAUCAUCUUAGAAUUUCGAUUGCCCAUCCCAAAAUAUAAUUUUUAUUAGAUUCAUUGUACUCUUCAAAAUUUUUUAUUUAAAUUCAAAAAGUUUUUCCAUUGAUAAAUGGAAUUGAGUAAGGCGGCAAGGCCUUUCCUUUUUCCGAAUUUUCUUGUUAGGUAAGAAAUUUUUUUUGGGCCAAGCCCUGGUGGCUUGGAAGUUUAGAACUAGGACCUACAGCUGAACCGAGCGAAGCCACACGCCCCGCCUCACACUCACAGCAGUCAGACAAAAUUUCAGUUUGGGCAGUGGGCGGUGGGUGUUCCCGCCCAUUAUAUUUGUAAAUUUCGGGCAAAAUGCCAGACCCUUCAUUCAAAUCUCAACUGGGAGAUCCUAUUUCCCAUUACCCAAACACCCAAAUACCCAUCUUCUCCGGUAGCCAUUUCCUUAUCUCUCUAAUCUUGACCCAGGUUUGAGGAAAACAAACAAAAAGGGAAAAUGGGGUCUGCUGCUCUAUUAGACUCGAAAGGAAUGAAGAAGAACAAAGCUAAACUAAAAUCUGUGGCUCCGAGUACUAAAAAGACAGCAGCAAUAGGACAAAAAGGAAAGAAGCGAAAUGUGUCUCAGAGCAGUGAACAGCCUGUUGGUUCUCGAAAAAUGCCAAAGAGAGCUGCUGCAUGUACAGAUUUCAAGGAGAGAUCUGUUCGCAUAUCGGAAAUAUCUGCUACUAUUGAAACAAAAAGGGAUCAACUUGUAUAUGAAGAGGUUGUAGCUGUACACCUGACUUCCGAACAACAUGAGGAUCAUCCAAAUAGAAGGCUCACAGAUUUCAUACUCCAUGAUUCAGAUGGACAGCCCCAGCCUUUUGAGAUGUCUGAAGUUGAUGACUUGUUAAUCUCAGGCCUCAUAUUGCCUCUUGAGGAGAGUUCAGACAAGGAGAAGCAGAAGGGUGUCAGAUGUGAAGGCUUUGGCCGAAUAGAGUCAUGGGCGAUCUCUGGUUAUGAAGACGGAUCUCCAGUGAUAUGGGUGUCCACUGAUGUUGCUGAUUACGAUUGUGUUAAACCUGCCAGUAGUUAUAAGAAUUUUUAUGAUCAUUUCUUUGAAAAGGCUCGUGCUUGUGUUGAAGUUUUUAGAAAACUGUCAAAAUCUUCUGGGGGAAACCCCGACUUAAGUCUUGAUGAGCUCCUUGCUAGUGUUGUUCGCUCAAUGAGUGCAAGCAGGUGCUUCUCUGGUGGGGGAUCAAUCAAAGACUUUAUUAUUUCGCAAGGUGAGUUUAUUUACAACCAGUUGAUAGGUUUGGAAGCAACAUCCAAUCAGAGUGAUCAGAUAUUUGCAGAGUUGCCUGUCCUUGUGGCCCUUAGAGAUGAAGGUUGUAAAAGAGGGGAUUUUAUGAAAGCAAAAGGAGGUUCCUCAGGUGGCAGCUCAAUGAGUGGCUUGAGAAUUAGAGAUAUAGGAAAUGAAGCAGAUGAAUCUUUUGAGGAAAAUGAUGAUGUGAAAUUGGCAAGAUUGUUGCAGGAGGAAGAGUACUGGCAAUCAAUCAAACAGAAGAAAAGUCAGGGUUCAGCUCCUUUGUCGAAUAAAUACUACAUCAAAAUAAAUGAAGAUGAGAUUGCUAAUGACUACCCGUUACCUGCAUACUACAAGACAUCUAAUCAAGAAACUGAUGAGUUCUUAGUCUUUGACAGUGACAUCUAUAUGUGUGACACAGAUGAACUUCCUCGAAGCAUGCUCCAUAAUUGGUCCCUUUAUAACUCAGACUCGAGGUUGAUAUCAUUGGAGCUUCUUCCGAUGAAACCAUGUGCAGAUAUUGAUGUCACCAUCUUUGGAUCAGGGGUUGUGACUGCUGAUGAUGGAAGUGGAUUCUGUCUUGACACUGAUCUUGGUCAUUCAUCUAGUGGUCAGGGACCACAGGAAGUUGAUGGGAUCCCAAUUUAUUUGAGUGCAAUUAAGGAGUGGAUGAUUGAGUUUGGAUCCUCAAUGGUUUUCAUUUCAAUCCGCACAGACAUGGCCUGGUAUAGGCUUGGGAAGCCCUCAAAGCAGUAUGCUCCGUGGUAUGAACCGGUUCUGAAAACAGCAAGGCUCGCAAUAAGCAUAAUUACACUUCUGAAGGAGCAGAGUCGCAUUGCUAGGCUUUCUUUUGCAGAUGUUAUCAAGAGAGUAUCUGAGUUCAAGAAGGACCAUCCUGCAUACAUUUCCUCUAAUCCUGCAGCUGUGGAAAGAUAUGUGGUUGUCCAUGGACAAAUUAUACUGCAGCAGUUUGCUGAAUUUCCAGAUGAGAAUAUUAAGAGGUCUGCAUUUGUGAUUGGUCUUGCAAAGAAAAUGGAGGAGAGACAUCAUACCAAAUGGGUGGUUAAGAAGAGGAAGGUUGUGCACAAGAGUGAGCCAAACAUGAACCCAAGAGCAGCAAUGGCACCUGUGAUAUCAAAGAGGAAGGUUAUGCAAGCUACAACAACAAGAAUGAUCAACAGAAUUUGGGGGGAGUAUUAUUCAAAUUACUCACCUGAAGAUUCAAAAGAGGGAGCUAGUUGUAUAGAGAAAGAGGAGGAAGAAGUUGAGGAGCAAGAAGAAAAUGAAGAGGAUGAUGCAGAAGAAGAGGAAUUAUUAGGUUCAGAGAAAACCCAGAGGCCUUGUUCAUUGUCUAGACAAAGUAAAUUGCACUCCACAAACAAGGAAAUAAGGUGGGAUGGGGAAUUUGUAGGAAAAACCCGUAAUGGUGAGAGUCUCUACAAACAAGCCAUUGUUUGUGGUGACAAGAUUGCUGUGGGAGAUACUGUUUUGGUGGAAGUUGAUGAAUCAGAUGAACUUACUAUCACCUAUUUUGUGGAAUACAUGUUUGAAUCUCUGGAUGGAAGAAAAAUGUUUCAUGGAAGAAUGAUGCAGCAUGGGUCUCAGACUGUUCUUGGGAACACUGCUAAUGAGAGGGAAUUGUUUACGACAAAUGAGUGUGUGGAAUUUGAAUUGCAGGAUAUUAAGCAAACAGUUCUUGUAGAGAUACGAAGGAGGCCUUGGGGACAUCAGCACAGGAAAGAAAAUGCUAAUUUUGAUAAAAUUGAUAAAGCAAGUGCAGAAGAGAGAAAAAGGAAAGGAUUGCCGAUUGAAUAUUACUGCAAAAGCUUAUAUUGGCCAGAAAGAGGUGCUUUCUUCAGUCUCCCCUUUGAUACUAUGGGUCUUGGGACAGGUUUCUGUCACUCUUGUGAAAUAAAGGAAUCCCAGAAGGAGAAGGAUUCUUUUAAAGUGAAUUCUUGUAAAACCAGUUUUGUAUACAAGGGAACUGAAUACUCCGUCAAUGACUUUGUUUAUGUAAGCCCCCAGCAUUUUGCUGCUGAAAGGGCAGAGACUGGAACUUUCAAGGCUGGGAGAAAUGUAGGAUUGAAGGCUUAUGUUGUGUGUCAAAUGCUAGAGAUUGUUGUUCCAAAGGUACCCAAAAUAGCUGAAACGAAAUCUAUCCAGGUCCAAGUGAGAAGAUUUUUCAGGCCUGAGGAUAUUUCAGCAGAAAAAGCAUAUUGUUCUGAUAUCCGAGAGGUGUACUACAGUGAGGAAACACAUUCUGUGCCUGUUGAGACUAUAGAAGGAAAAUGUGAGGUCAUGAAGAAGCAUGAUCUGCCCCCAUGUGACGUACCUGCAAUUUUCGACCAUGUUUUCUUCUGUGAGCGUCUAUAUGAUCCUUCUAAAGGGUGCCUCAAACAGUUGCCAGCUCACAUUAAACUGAGGUACUCAGCUAGAAAGGAGGUUGAUGAUGCUGCAGCAAGAAAGAAAAAGGGCAAGGCUAAAGAAGGAGAGAAUGAUUUGGAAGUUGAAAGACAAAUAGAUGCAUUUCAUGAGAACCGUUUAGCCACUCUAGAUAUUUUUGCUGGUUGUGGUGGCUUAUCAGAGGGAUUGCAGCAAUCUGGUGUGUCAGUAACCAAGUGGGCUAUUGAAUAUGAAGAGCCUGCUGGAGAUGCAUUUAAACUCAAUCAUCCAGAAUCGUUGAUGUUUAUUAACAAUUGCAAUGUGAUUCUCAGGGCUGUCAUGGAGAAAUGUGGGGAUGAUGAUGACUGUAUCUCAACUUCUGAGGCUGCCGAGUUAGCUGCAGCACUAGGUGAGAAGGACAUUAAUAAUUUGCCCCUGCCAGGACAAGUAGAUUUUAUCAAUGGGGGGCCUCCAUGUCAGGGCUUCUCUGGGAUGAACCGGUUUAAUCAAAGUACCUGGAGUAAAGUUCAGUGUGAAAUGAUCUUGGCAUUCUUGUCCUUUGCUGAUUACUUUAGACCAAAAUUUUUCCUCCUUGAGAAUGUGAGAAACUUUGUGUCUUUCAACAAAGGACAGACAUUCCGUCUAACUCUAGCUUCACUUCUUGAAAUGGGCUAUCAGGUGAGAUUUGGUAUCUUGGAAGCCGGAGCAUAUGGAGUUUCUCAGUCCCGGAAACGAGCAUUUAUAUGGGCAGCCUCCCCAGAAGAGACUCUCCCUGAAUGGCCAGAGCCUAUGCAUGUCUUUGCUGUUCCAGAAUUGAAAAUCACUUUGUCGGAAAAUAUGCAGUAUGCUGCUGUUCGGAGCACUGCAACUGGAGCUCCUUUUCGUGCAAUAACCGUUAGAGAUACAAUAGGGGAUCUCCCAGACGUUAAAAAUGGGGCAUCUAUAACAAAUCUAGAGUAUCAAAAUGAUCCUGUCUCAUGGUUCCAAAAGAAAAUUCGGGGUAACAUGGUGGUCUUGAUGGAUCACAUAUCGAAAGAAAUGAAUGAGCUUAAUCUCAUUCGAUGCCAGAAAAUUCCAAAGCAGCCAGGUGCUGACUGGCAUAGUCUUCCAGAUGAAAAGGUUAAACUGUCUACUGGGCAAUUGGUUGACUUGAUACCAUGGUGCUUGCCAAACACAGCAAAGAGGCACAAUCAGUGGAAGGGACUGUUUGGAAGGCUGGAUUGGGAGGGGAAUUUUCCAACUUCCAUCACAGACCCUCAACCAAUGGGUAAGGUGGGAAUGUGUUUUCAUCCGGAGCAGGAUAGGAUUCUUUCUGUUCGUGAAUGUGCUCGAUCUCAAGGUUUUCGGGAUAGCUAUCAAUUUGCUGGUAACAUUCAACACAAGCACAGGCAGAUUGGAAAUGCCGUUCCUCCUCCUCUAUCAUUUGCACUGGGAAGGAAACUCAAAGAAGCAGUGGACAGCAAGAGGUCCAUCUUGUGAGGUUGUUGUUUUUGGCAUGCAUUGUGCAGAGGCUUCUUACUUGUAACAGGGAAUCAAGGAUAUAGGUUGUAUGUAUUAGCAGAUGCUACUCUUGAGGAACUGAAGAUAUUUUGGAAUUCUUCGUUUUACUUUGUUUUUUGAAAAGGGGAAAAGCUCAACAUUGUAUACUUGUAUGAGGCUUAUGUUCUAUUCACCCUCAUAAGCAAAGAGAGUAAAAUAUGUUCAUUUCUUCUC